UGCGCGCUAGGACCUGGGCGGAAUCCGUGUCCGCCCGCAAGCUGGACUACCUUAAACCCAGCCCAAUGCCUCUUCCUGCGCCACUUUUCCCUGCGCGCUUGGAUGGAAGAGGCACAGUCGAGAGCCGCAGCUCGGCACUGGAGGACAGCGGCAGCGGCGGCGCGGCACCGGGAGCCCUGCGGAAGCGGCACCUGUUCCCAGGCGAGGCAGCCGAGAGAGAGCAGCCGUGGGACACGUUGUUCGGUGCGGAUCGCCGGCCCGGCUGAGCCCAGAGAGGCACCCGCGGUGCCUCCUCCGGAGAAUUCGGGAUAAUAGGAUCUGGACGGCAAAAGUUUUCUUUAUUUGGAUUUUUUUAAUUAUAAAAAAAAUCUCUUUCCCCCCCUUCCGGGCGGUGGAGAGGGGGAUUCGUCUCAGCCAGCCAGCGUGAGAUCUCCCACCCACCCUGCUCUUCUUUUUCUUCUUCUCCCGCUUUUCUCCUUGCAGGAGUCCAUGCUGAUGUAUGCAGCCAGUUAUAGAGUAAAAACAGCGCAUGCCUUCCUGGAGUCAGAAUCCAUAAAAAAUCCUGGCGUCGCCCGUGCAUCUUAAAUAUAUCUGCCUAUAUAACAAUAAUCGGUGCGUGCAGCUCCCACUAGAAAAAAGCCUCAGGCGUCGAAGUUGCUAUGGUCGUGCUGCUCCUAAGCCCCAUGGAGAAACUACGGAUUUUUAGCCUCAUUACGGUCGGAUGGGCAGAAGACCCCACCGCUUGCUAAGAGCUGGAGGAAUAUAGAUGAUCCCUCGCCCUGGACCCCUCCAGACCCGUCUGAUGUGUUUAUAAAUAUGUCGGUGUGCGGCGCUUUCUUAAGACUAACAGCGGCUUGACCUUGAACCUGGGACAAGUCGAAGCAGCAGAUCACUUUCAAAAAAAUAUAUAUCCUACUUAUUAUUAUUGAUGGAUUAAAGCAAAGGACAGUCUUCCCCUCCAUGUAACUACAAGUGGGAGGGGAGAGUGGAGUGGGAGCACGUCCUCCCCCCCACCCACCCAAAAAAAAGGGGGGGAGAAAAAGAUCUCUGCCUUGGGUUUUUGGGCACCGGCACUACAGUUUUGCUUCAAAAACGAGCUCGCCUUCCUCCCCCCUUCCUCCUCCUCCUCCCUCCCCCUCGCUCCUGAUGGCUCCCUUAGGUGAAGUUGGGAACUAUUUCGGCGUCCAGGAUGCGGUACCCUUUGGGAACGUCCCUGUCUUGCCGGCUGAUAGCCCCGUGUUGUUAAGCGACCACCUGGGCCAGGCGGAAGCGGGUGGGCUGCCCCGUGGCCCUGCGGUGACGGACCUGGAUCACUUAAAAGGGAUCCUGAGGCGGAGGCAGCUCUACUGCAGGACUGGAUUUCAUUUAGAGAUUUUCCCCAAUGGUACGAUCCAAGGAACCAGGCAAGACCACAGCAGAUUUGGUAUCCUGGAAUUUAUCAGUAUAGCAGUGGGCCUGGUCAGCAUUCGAGGGGUCGACAGUGGACUUUAUCUGGGAAUGAAUGAGAAAGGAGAACUAUAUGGCUCGGAAAAGCUAAGCCAGGAGUGUGUAUUCAGAGAACAAUUUGAAGAGAACUGGUAUAACACAUACUCAUCAAAUCUAUAUAAGCAUGUGGACACUGGAAGACGAUAUUACGUUGCAUUAAAUAAAGACGGGUCUCCGAGAGAAGCGACUAGGACUAAGCGCCAUCAAAAAUUCACACAUUUUUUACCUAGACCGGUGGAUCCAGAGAAAGUCCCUGAACUAUAUAAGGAUAUUUUAAGCCAAAGUUGACAAAGACGUUUCCUUCACUUGUGAGCCCUUAAAACGAAAGUAACCACUAUAAAAGGUUUCAUGCGGUGGGUUCUUAAUUGAUUAGCUGUGUCAUCGCAUCAGCUCCACUGUUGCCAAACUUUGUCGCAUGCAUAAUGUAUGAUGGAGGCUUGGAUGGAACAUGCUGAUUUUGUUCUGCACUUAAAGGGGUUUUGUCUUCCUGGAGGAGUGCCUAUUGCCCACUCGCUUGGUUUAUUAUGAGAGGAAGGAAGGAAGAGUGAGAAUGUGUGAGAGCGGAAAAAAGAAAGGAAAGAGGAUGAAAGAGAGAAGCUGGAGCAAGAAGGAAGGGGGAGGGGGAAAGGCCUGAUGCAUGCUGGGAAAUAGACACGCUUUUAAAUUUUUUGAUCCAUUGUACUUCAUCCUAUAUCAGCAUAGCUGCCAUACUUUGACUCAUCAGGAAUUUUGGCUGGUGGCCUGCUCAAGUGUACGCUGCAUUUAUAAAAAAGAAAACGAAAAAAAAAAGAAGGCAUGGAGGGUUCGGUCUUUCUUAAACAAACAAACGAACAAAAAGAGACUUACUAUUUUUUUGUUUGACUGCUCAAGUGGGAGCCACCCCUCGCUGAAUUUAAAAGCAAAGACCUCCUAGGUGAAAAAAACGAGAAAAGAUUAAAAUAAAAAUAAAAAAUAAUAAAAAGUAGUAAAAAAAAAUACGUAAAAAAGUUUAAAUUUAUUUAUAGAAAUUCCAAAGGCAACAUUUUAUUUAUUUUAUAUAUUUAUUUAUUAUAUAGAGUUUAUUUUUAAUGAAAUAUGUACAGGCCAGAUAGGCAGUUUGGAAGCUUUAGGCUCUGUGAAACAUUUCGACAGCGAAGGCCGCUCUUGAACCUGUGAUAAAACUCAAACGUAAAAGGUGCAUGGAGGCAAAGAGAAAUCUAGCGAUCCUAAUGUACUAAAGGCGACAAUCUCCUUUGUGCCCAUAUUAUUGUAAAAGUAUGCACAACCACUCAUGACACAGAGAGCUCACUCUUCUGACUGCUUGUUUCAUAGCUUAAACUCUCCCCCUCCCCUCCCCCCCUCCCCAAGGAUUAAAGAUAAAAAUGGGUCUUCAGAACUUUAA